AUGAGAAUACCUUUUAUGGAUUUUGAAUAAUCAUAUAUUGAUCCCCGAAAAGAGACAUUUUGGGAUAUGAUAAAAUUAAAUUUUUGCCCAAGAUUAAAGUUCUAUUCAUUUACAGUAUUAAUAUCAUUAGCUAAUAUUAUAAUGUUUAUAUAUACAUCAUAUUAAGGUUUACAUAUAACUGAAGAAAGUAAACUUUUAGAAUAAGAUUAAUAAGUUUUAAUAAAAUACGGGGCAAAUGUUCCUUCUUUAAUAAAAAAUGAAAAUUAAUUAUGGCGUUUUGUUACUGCAGCUUUUUUACAUGCAAAUUUUUUACAUAUAUUUUUUAAUAUGAUCAGUACGUUUAUUUUUGUUAGUUCUUUGGAACAUACUUAUGGAUUUUUUACUGUUUUUUAUAUAUGGAUAUUAUCUGCUAUUGGAGGUAAUAUUUUCUCAGCCGAUUUCGCGACUUAAAAUUCAAUUGCGGUAGGAGCUUCGACAGCCCUUUUUGGAAUGAUAGGCCUUUAUUUGGCUUAUUUGAUCCUUAAUUGGAAUGCUUUAAGAUUUUUAGAAGAUCUAAGAUGUUUUGUUUUAUGUAUGGCGAUUCUAAUUGUAUCUAUGGUAUUCCUUUUAAGUUCUGGAAAUUCUGGUAUAAUGGGUGGGGAGAAGGAAUAAAAUAUUGAUAAUUAUGGACAUUUUGGAGGGUUUAUUACUGGGAUUUUAGCUGGGGUAGCAUUUCCGAAAUCUUUAGAGUAUGGAAGUUAUGAGAAAUAAGCGAAGAUUUUUUGCAG